UUGUUCUCUAUAAAAGGAGGGAGAUGAGAUGAAAUGCAAACGUACCGAAACUCCCUUAAAUUCUAUCUCAAAACCCUAAAAUCACAGACAGAGAGAAGAAGAAGAAGAAGUAGAAAAGAAGAAAAGAUAGAAAAAGAAAAGAAAGCUCUCUGUCCUAAGAAUCUAUCCUUUGCUGCACUACACAAGCUGUCCUCGUUUAUUGCACUAUAUGCUUCCUACUAGAAAGAGGGCGGCCGGAGACACAGCAGACAACGACGUAGACGACGGAACCGAGACCUUACUGAAGAAGCCGCGGGCGGUUGAUUGCUCAAUCCCUUUGUCGGACAGCAACACCGGGAGCAGCAACAACAGCAGCAGCAACAACAACCACAGCGCCGUAGAUCUUGUCCGACCGUACCCGGUCGUUGCCAUGGCCCACAAUGAUGGGCACCCACCUGAGAUCGAUGAGGAUCUGCACAGCCGGCAGCUCGCCGUCUAUGGACGGGAGACGAUGCGGCGGCUCUUUGCGUCUAAUGUUCUUGUCUCUGGGAUUCAGGGUCUCGGGGUUGAAAUCGCGAAGAACCUUAUCCUUGCAGGUGUCAAAUCCAUCACAUUGCAUGAUGAAGGGACAGUCGAGCUUUGGGACUUAUCCAGCAAUUUUUAUUUCUCGGAGAAUGACAUAGGGAAGAACCGUGCACUUGCUUGCAUCCAGAAGCUGCAGGAGCUCAACAAUGCUGUGGUGAUAUCAGCCCUCACUACAUCAUUAUCCAAGGAGCAUCUUUCUAAGUUCCAGGCUGUAGUUUUCACUGAUAUAGGCCUUGAAAAAGCAAUCGAGUUUGACGAUUAUUGCCAUAAUCACCAGCCUCCAAUUUCCUUUAUCAAAUCUGAAGUCCGAGGUCUUUUCGGUAGUGUGUUUUGUGACUUCGGUCCCAAAUUCACUGUUAUUGAUGUUGAUGGCGAGGAACCGCAUACGGGCAUUAUUGCAUCCAUCAGCAAUGACAAUCCUGCACUCGUAUCAUGUGUUGAUGAUGAAAGACUCGAGUUUCAGGAUGGGGAUCUGGUUGUAUUUUCUGAGGUUCAGGGUAUGACGGAGCUGAAUGAUGGAAAGCCGAGAAAGGUAAAAAAUGCGAGGCCGUACUCAUUUACUCUCGAGGAAGACACGGCAAAGUUUGGUCCAUAUGAGAAAGGCGGUAUUGUAAUGCAAGUGAAGCAACCCAAGGUGUUGAACUUCAAACGAUUAAGAGAUGCUUUGAGAGAUCCUGGCGACUUCCUUCUGAGUGACUUCUCAAAGUUCGACCGCCCACCUUUGCUGCACCUGGCCUUUCAAGCACUGGAUAAGUUUAUAUGUGAAAUGGGACGCUUCCCUGUUGCUGGGUCAGAGGAGGAUGCUCAGAGGUUGAUAGCAUUGGCUACUAGUAUCAAUGAAGGCUUGGGAGAUGGUAAAGUGGAGCAGAUUGAUAAGAAACUGUUGCGGCAUUUCGCAUAUGGCUCCAGGGCGGUUCUGAAUCCGAUGGCUGCCAUGUUUGGUGGUAUUGUUGGACAAGAAGUUGUGAAAGCUUGCUCUGGAAAGUUUCAUCCCCUUUUCCAGUUCUUUUAUUUCGACUCUGUUGAAUCCCUUCCUACUGAGCCGAUGGACUUCAGUGACUUGAAGCCCUUGAAUAGCCGCUAUGAUGCACAGAUCUCAGUGUUUGGAUCCAAGCUCCAGAAGAAGUUUGAAGAGGCCAAAAUAUUUCUUGUAGGAUCUGGUGCGCUUGGAUGCGAGUUCUUGAAGAAUUUAGCCCUGAUGGGAGUUUGUUGCAGUAGCCAAGGGAAGCUAACCAUAACAGAUGACGAUGUCAUCGAGAAGAGUAAUCUCAGCAGGCAGUUCCUCUUCCGUGACUGGAAUAUUGGGCAGGCCAAAUCAACUGUUGCUGCUGCUGCCGCCGGUUCAAUCAAUCCUCAUCUCCGCAUAGAAGCCCUACAAAACCGUGCGAGCCCAGAGACGGAAAACGUGUUUGAUGAUGCAUUUUGGGAGAGUCUGGAUGUUGUCGUUAAUGCAUUGGAUAAUGUGAAUGCAAGGAUUUACAUGGAUCAAAGGUGUUUAUAUUUCCAGAAACCCCUCCUGGAAUCAGGAACUUUAGGUGCCAAAUGCAACACGCAGAUGGUCAUUCCGCAUUUAACUGAGAAUUAUGGGGCAUCUCGAGAUCCACCUGAGAAGCAGGCACCCAUGUGCACGGUCCACUCGUUCCCCCACAACAUUGAUCACUGCUUAACAUGGGCUCGCUCUGAAUUUGAGGGUUUGCUUGAGAAAACACCUGCGGAAGCAAACACAUAUCUGUCCAAUCCAAGUGAAUACACAUCUGCUAUGAAAAGUGCUGGUGAUGCUCAGGCCAGGGAUCUCCUUGAACGUGUUAUUGAGUGCCUUGACAGGGAGAAAUGUGACACAUUCCAAGAUUGUGUCACCUGGGCACGAUUAAAGUUCGAAGAUUACUUUGCUAACCGUGUCAAGCAGCUGACUUUUACUUUUCCUGAAGAUGCUGCAACCAGCACGGGGGCACCAUUCUGGUCAGCUCCUAAGCGUUUCCCCCGACCUCUGCAGUUCUCAUCUAAUGACCCAGGCCACCUCCACUUUGUUAUGGCUGCUUCCAUAUUACGUGCUGAGACAUUCGGAAUACCCAUACCCGACUGGGCUAAGAACCCCAGAGAGUUGGCAUCUGCUGUUGAAAGAGUGCUGGUCCCUGAUUUCCAGCCAAAGAAAGGGGUAAAGAUUGUGACAGAUGAGAAAGCUACGAGCCUCUCUACUGCCUCGGGUGAUGAUGCUACAGUCAUCAGUGAACUGAUUACAAAGCUGGAAAGAUGCACUGAGAACCUGCCCCCAGGAUUCCGGAUGAAACCAAUACAGUUUGAGAAGGAUGACGAUACCAACUACCACAUGGACGUGAUAGCUGGGCUCGCUAACAUGCGGGCUAGAAACUACAGUAUUCCCGAAGUCGACAAGCUGAAAGCUAAGUUCAUUGCUGGGAGGAUCAUUCCUGCCAUUGCGACGUCCACAGCGAUGGCCACUGGGCUCGUCUGCCUAGAGCUUUACAAGGUGCUGGCUGGUGGACACAAGCUGGAGGACUACAGGAACACCUUCGCAAACCUGGCGCUUCCUCUCUUCUCCAUGGCAGAGCCAGUCCAGCCAAAGGUGAUGAAGCAUCGUGACAUGAGCUGGACGGUGUGGGACCGGUGGGUUAUACGGGAGAACAUGACCCUGAGGGAGCUGCUGAAGUGGUUGAAGGAGAGGGGACUGAAUGCUUACAGCAUUUCAUGUGGGACGUGCCUGCUUUACAAUAGCAUGUUCCCCAGGCACAGGGAGAGGAUGGAUAGGCGGGUUGUAGACCUGGCGAGGGAGGUGGCGAAGGUGGAGGUGCCACAGUAUAGGAACCAUCUGGACGUUGUGGUGGCGUGUGAGGACGAUGAUGAUAAUGACAUUGACAUUCCACUGAUAUCCAUAUACUUCCGGUAGGUCCACACACACAUGAGCAACUCUAUUAUCAACCGUCCAUUUAAUUAGGUAUCUAGUAGUAUAUACAUGCAGAGGAUUAAAAUGUCAGCUAACUUCCAUUCUUACAUAAAUUGGAAGUACAGGGAUUUGUGUGAUGUUAUAACCCCCUCAUAUCUCAUCGGUUUUCAUGUUUCUA